AUGAAAUCAAAAUGCGAAAAAACGGAAAAUCUUGUACCGGAAUUGAGACCCAAAAUUCAGCCAAAAUUGAUAAGAUGGGCGGAAUACGAAACUGCCCCAUUUGGAAGGCUCUGCUUGACUGCUUGCAUGAUCAACACUUAGCUUAAAGCCCCUAAACUCGCUGUGCUGAGUUGUUAGCACUCUUGGCCAUUUCCUCUGGUCAGUCAAUUCCCCCCCUAGGGCUUUAUAUGGUGUCAGUUUUAGUGAAAUUCUGCAAGAGCUUUCUGGGGUCCUGAGCUAAAAAUGACUUCCUUCGAGGGAGACCUUGAGGAGCAGCUUAAGGAAGCUGGGAAUAAGCUCAUUAACCCUCCUUCCUCCAUUGAUGAGCUCCUCAGUCUUCUUGAUAAAGUUGAGAAUCUGUUAGCAAAUGUGGAACAAGCGCCGUCAGAAUCUAUGAAAGAUGCACUUUUACCUUCGAUGAAGGCACUGAUCACUGUUGAACUUUUGAGGCAUUCUGAAAUGGACGUGAAGGUUUCAGUUGCAUCUUGCAUUACCGAGAUUACAAGGAUAACAGCGCCGGAUGCCCCUUACAAUGAUGAGCAAAUGAAGGAAAUCUUUCAGCUGACUGUUGCAGCAUUUGAAAAUUUGUCUCAUGCGUCCACUCGCAGUUAUACAAAGACGAUUUCAAUUCUUGAAACUGUUGCAAGGGUCAGGUCAUUCUUGGUGAUGCUGGACCUUGAAUGUGAUACAUUGGUUGUUGAAAUGUUUCAAAAUUUCUUAAAACUCACCAGCCAUGGAAACAAUUAUGACGAUGGUCAUAGAGGAAAGCGAAGAAAUUUCCUUAGAUCUUCUCGUUCCACUCCUAUCUAG